UGGCGGGGCGCGCUACGAGCGGCGGCUCCUUCCGCCGGGAGCAGCGCCGGGCGGCGAGGAGAGGCGCGGCCGGCGGCACGCAGACAUGGCCAUGCCCAGUUCCCUUUUGUGGGCUGUUGACAUUUUUGGGAGGGUUUACACUCUGUCUACUGUUGGCCAGUACUGGGAGCUCUGUAAGGAUACACAGCUGGAAUUCAAACGAGUCUCUGCUGUCAAACAGUGCUGCUGGGGAAUAGCCUGUGAUCAUCAAGUAUACACCUACGUGCUCUCUGGUGAUGUUCCUAUUAGAUACCAGGAGGAAACCUAUGAGAAUCAGCGCUGGAAUCCCGUUGGUGGCUUUUGUGAGAAAUUACUGCCCAGCGACCGCUGGCAGUGGAGUGAUGCGAGCGGGCUAAAACAUCAGCAGCUUGAUAGUUUCACACUGCCUUCACCACACUGGGAGUGGGAGUCUGACUGGUAUGUGGAUGAAAAUAUUGGAGGGGAACCAACAGAGAAAGGGGGCUGGACUUAUGCCAUAGACUUCCCCAGCACCUACACAAAGGAUAAGAGAUGGAAUUCUUGUGUCAGACGCAGGAGGUGGAUCAGAUACCGGAGAUACAAAUCACGGGACGUUUGGGUGAAGAUCGCAUCAGGUGAUGACCCAGGUCAGUUGCCAGAUCCUUUCAAUGACAUCUCCAUCGGAGGAUGGGAAAUCACCGAUGAGCCUCUCGGCCGCUUAUCAGUGUGGGCGGUUUCUUUACAAGGAAGGGUAUGGUACAGAGAAAACGUCUGCCAUCACAAUCCAGAAGGUUCCAUGUGGUCCUUAAUCACCACCCCUGGUGAAGUUGUACAGAUCAGCUGUGGACCGUAUGAUCUCCUUUGGGCAACUCUUUGGGAAGGGCAAGCUAUUGUGAGAGAAGGAAUUGAUAGGAAUAACCCUCAAGGAAUUUCCUGGAGCAUUGUGGAGUCUCCAAGCUCUGAAAACGGGAUUUCACACGUCUCUGUGGGUGUUGACGUGGUGUGGUGCAUCACAAAGGAUAGAAAAGUGUGGUUUAGAAGAGGUGUGAACUCACAUAAUCCUUGUGGAACAAGCUGGAUCGAAAUGGUUGGAGAAAUGCUGAUGGUAUCUGUAGGCUUGAAUAACCAGGUCUGGGGAGUCAGCUGUGAUGACAGAACCAUUUAUUUUCGUCAAGGCAUCACACCAAGUGAGCUGAGUGGGAAGACGUGGAAGGCAAUUGUAGCUGUCCGAGACAGUGACAGGUCUCAGACCGGGAGCUCAACAAGUCUGCUCAGUGCUGGCUGUUUCUUUACUGAUGAUAUUCAGAACCAAACAAACGCGAUCAUUCAGGGUGAUGCAGAUACUUCCUCUGAUACAGAGCUUCCAAGUGUACCCAUGAACCUUGCCAACACUCUCCCAAAGGGAGCUGAAGCCAGCAGCAGUGGGAAUGGCACAGGCAACCAGACAGCAGAAAUACCUGCAAAUUUGACUGUGGAUCCUCUGGACUCUGAUCAAGGAGAAGGCAUUGUUGCUUCAAGUAGUAAUGAGAAAGCUAAUCUUGAAAUGCAUAAAUCUCCUACAAACCCAGAUCCUUCUGCAGAACUGCGGUGGACAAACAUUGACUUGAAGGAGGCCCAAAAGUAUCCAGUGCUCUCCGUCAGCACCCUUGCAGAAACAUCCAGCCUGUCUUCCCUUGGCAUGUUCUCAGUGGGAGCUGAAGAACAACAGUAUGGAGCUGAUGAGCACCCACUGUGGGCCUGGGUGUCUGGGGGAGGCUGUCUUGUAGAUUUGCACAGCCCAUUGAAAUGGUUCACUGUUCAAUCAGGUUUGUCAUCCUCUGCGCAGUCUCUGUCUCUCUCAAUCACUCCAGCACAGACAGCAGCCUGGCGCAAGCAGAUUUUUCAGCAGCUCAGUGAAAGGACAAAGCGGGAGCUGGAGAAUUUCAGGCACUACGAGCAGGCUGUUGAGCAGUCAGUUUGGGUCAAAACUGGGACCUUGCAGUGGUGGAGGAAUUGGAAGCCUCAUAAAUGGAUGGACGUUCGAGUCACACUUGAGCAGUUCACUGGGAGCGAUGGACUGCGCGACAGCAUCCUCUUCAUCUACUACAUGUAUCACGAGGAGAAAAAGUAUAUCCACGUGUUCCUGAAUGAAGUCACUAUCAUAGUUGAAGUUCUGAAUGAAGCCAAGCACUCCUUUGCACUGUAUACGCCUGAAAGGACGAAGCAGCGGUGGCCAAUCUGCUUGGCAGCCACAACAGAGCAAGAAAUGCAUGACUGGCUCUCUUUGCUGAACAUGUCCUGUUGUGAGAGCAGACGGAUUCAAGGCCCUCCUUCUCACCAUGCCAUUUGGUCAGUUACUUGUAAAGGAGACAUCUUUGUCAGUGAGCCAAGUCCUGAACUGGAGGCUGGACCACACCUGAUGCCGUGUGAUCAAAUGUUUUGGCGUCAAGUUGGAGGUCACCUUCGGCUGAUAGAGUGCAAUAACCGAGGCAUAGUGUGGGGCAUAGGAUAUGAUCACACAGCUUGGGUUUAUACUGGUGGAUAUGGAGGUGGCUUCAUUCAAGGAUUGGCCAGUAGUGCUGAUAACAUUUAUAUGCAGACAGAUGUGAAAUGUGUUUACAUCUAUGAGAACCAACGGUGGAACCCAGUCACUGGAUAUAGCAGCAGAGGUCUGCCCACGGACAGAUACAUGUGGAGCGAUGCAUCUGGCCUGCAGGAAUGUACAAAAGUCAAUACCAAGCCUCCUUCUCCGCAGUGGUCUUGGGUAUCCGACUGGUACAUAGAUUUUAACACUUCAGGUGGAACUGACCGGGAAGGCUGGCAGUAUGCAGCAGACUUUCCAGCGUCCUACCACAGUCACAAGACAAUGAAAGACUUUGUGCGACGGAGGCGCUGGGCAAGAAAAUGUAAGAUAGUCACCAACGGGCCAUGGCUGGAAGUGCCUUCUGUGACCCUGUGGGACAUCUCCAUAAUUCCCAGUUCAGAUGCAGAUGAUGAAGAAGCAGUAGCACUGUGGGCAAUCAGUGACAAAGGAGACGUGCUCUGCAGGCUUGGAGUGACACAGCAAAACCCAGCUGGAACAUCUUGGCUGCAUGUGGGAACAGAUCAGCCCUUCAUUUCCGUCUCGGUUGGAGCAUAUUACCAAGUGUGGGCUAUUGCCAGAGAUGGUUCUGCCUUCUAUCGGGGUUCAGUGUCUCCAAAGAAACCUGCAGGUGACUGUUGGUAUCAUAUUCCUUCACCUCAAAAACAAAAGCUAAAACAAGUCUCAGUAGGACAAACAUCUGUGUUUGUGUUGGAUGAAAAUGGCAAUCUUUGGUACCGGCAAGGUAUCACACCAAGCUACCCUCAAGGAUCUACUUGGGAUCACGUUUCAAACAAUAUCCGUAAAAUGUCUGUAGGGCCCCUGGACCAGGUCUGGGUGAUAGCUGACAAAGUGCAAGGAAGUCAUGGUUUGAGCUGUGGGACCAUCUGCCAUCGGACUGGCAUUCAGCCAAUGGAACCAAAAGGUGUCUCCUGGGACUACGGUAUUGGGGGUGGAUGGGAGCACAUUACAGUCAGAGGAAAUGCAACCGAUGCAUCAAGAGUUGCUGUGCAGGACACUUCAGAGGAAAACCCUGCAGUAUCAAAGGAUUUAGAAGAUGAGGAGGGUAAAGGGAAAACAGAGCGUUCAAGAACUCCUCUGAUGGUCAGUGAAAGUCAGGAAUUGGACAGAAAUGCAGUUAAUUGUUAAGUUGCCAUCAUCUACAUGUUGCAAACGAGCAGUAGUUGGUGUAAUUUAAAAAUAAACUAAAAGUCUGUUGCCUGGAGAGAAAAAUGUGACCUUCUUGUGCUACUAAUGAACUGGAAUUUGCAGUGGGGUAUUUUAAGUACUGAUUGUUUCUACUGCAUCACAGGUGAAAUGUGACUUGAUAGAGUCUUGUUAAAGCAGGCAAGCUUUUUAGCCACAAUGUACUUCUGACCCUUUACCAUAGCUGCUACACAACUACAUGAAUGUGGGGAUUGUUGCAGAAGACACAUCUUCAUCAAGUGGAACCACUAGUUUCAGCAAGACUACAGCGAGAGCAUGAUCCUAUUGGGUCUAAGAGUGGCAAAAGUCUCACCCUAAAUGGUCCAAAUGGUGGUAACUCAUGUUUUGUCUCCCUCUUAACUGGAACCAUGGUAACUUAGGUAUUCAGAUGUCUGCCUAAUAAAACAGAAUCUGACUUCACAGAUACCAGUGGAGUUUGCCAACAACAUACACUAAACAGGUUCAGAAUGAAGCUCUGCUCUUUGGUGUCAGUAAGUGAUUGAAUCAUCUCUUCUUCCAACAUGAAAACACUUUUUUUUCUCCUUUCUUAUCAUAAUUUGACUGUUAUAUGAAAUUAACUAUGUGAAGUCCAGUCCUCAGGCAGUGCUGAAAAAUCCAUCUCUCCUGAUAGCUUCAGGAAUACACCAUAGUUUUUCCCUGGGGGCAGUUUACAAUCAUUUUUUCUCUCUGUAUAUGAAGUUAUUUUUAUAUGAUAAGCAGUGCAGUGUGGUCUCAGUACUGUAAUUGUAAAAGUAAAAUGUAUGCUUGCAUGUAUUUAAAGAAUAUAGUUGGUAUUUUAAUGCCAAGGAAAGCACUGUUUCCAAAUCCAAAUGUGAAUGGAGGUUCAAAGAUGCUUUACUGUUUAAAAAAUACCCGUUCAUCUUUCCAGUCUGUGAUGAUAGAUUUCUGGUUUAUACAUACAUUGUGGAAGUAUUAUAAAUAAGAUGUUUGCAUUAAUUACCGUAAUAGGUUUUGCAUAACUUGCACAGGAUCUUGUCCAAAUAAAUAUCAUGUGUAUUUUUAGAGAGUUAUUAGGACUGUAUUUUCUCUGCAUCUUAUACAAAAAUGUUGUUCUUUUAAUAGCAUUUAUAUAUUGACAGAAAUUGAUUUAAUAUAAUAAGCUCAGUAACCUACCUUUGCAUUUUCCCCUGCAUUGCCAAGUUUCACUUACUUUACUGUAAAAAAAUGGGUUUAAGUGAACAAAGAUAAAUUGUAAGUUGUUUGAGUACUAAAUAUUUGCCUUCUGAAACUAUUAUUUAGAAAAUUAAUUUAAAAAAAUAAAAGGUCAUUGUUCUGGCUAGUUAAAAUUGGCAGAAGUGACUUUAAAUGAAAACAUUUGGAAAAAUAAAAGUGAUUUAUCAGAAAAUAACCCUGCUUCUUAUUAAAUCCUUGCUGACAUGUUCAGGA